AUGAAUAGUCUUUCAGAGUCUGAGCGUGAGAGACCAGCGGAUGAAGAAUCUCAAGAAGUGCUCCGGGAUGAAGAUUCGCUCGAUGAAGGACCGGAUGUGAAGUUUUAUCCAUCCUGCUUCGAAGAAGUUGAAGAUCUUGAGAGAUACGAGCCGGACGGCUUCCAUCCAGUCCAUCUUGGCGACCUCUACAAUAGUGGACAGUAUAGGAUCAUCCACAAACUGGGGCUUGGAGGCUUCUCAACGGUCUGGCUUGCUCGCGACAACCACUCCGACAGCAUUGUCGCGCUGAAGAUAGUAGCGGCUGAUAGCUCCAAUGACUACAAGGAUCUGAAGACUCUGCAAGAGCUGGCCGGCAACUCCUCUGGCCCGAUCAUUCUCGACCAUUUCCCAUCCCUGCUCAAUCAUUUUUGGCUAGACGGUCCAAAUGGGCGUCAUCUUUGCCUUGUAUUAUCUGUACUCGGGUCGAGCAUAUCUCGGAUGUCUGGAACGGAUCGAAAGCUGCAUCCCGAGGUGUCUCGAAGGGCCGCUUUACAGACUACCCGAGGGCUUUCUUACAUGCAUACACAGGGAACAUGUCAUGGAGAUCUGACGGGCGCAAAUAUACUCUUCGGGCUCUCUUCCAAGUUUGCCUACUUUUCUGGUGAGGAAGUGUACGAUCAGCUGGGCAAACCUGAGACUGAUGUUCUUAAACGAAUUUCCGGUGAACAUACGGCCCCGUCAGCGCCGAGCUACGUGGUUAAAACGCCGGACAUAUCCAAUAUUGACCCAACCAUGAUGGAAGACAAGAUCUGCAUAAUCGAUUUUGACCAGUCUUUCCACAUACUAGAUCCUCCAACCACUAUGCUCGGCACUCCAUCGAAGUAUUUGGCGCCAGAAGCUAUUUUCGAGUUGCAUGCCAGUUCGAGCUCAGAGGUGUGGGCUCUUGGUUGCGCAACAUUCAGAAUGCGGGCCGGUUACGACCUAUUUGAGGUUUGGGGAACUGGGUCGCCCUCCGACUCCAUUGGUGAGAUGAUCAACACCAUCGGCGAGCUCCCCGAAAAGUGGCGCCAUACGCGCUAUGACGAUGAUGGUGUGCCUAUCCGAAAAACCGACAGUCAGUCAGAGCAGAAUGGCGUGGAACUGUCCUUUUUUCCAAAAGAACGAAGUCUGAUGAAGCGCAUAAUGUCCAUCUCCGACGAGGCGAAGCCAUCGCCCACAACCGAUUUACAGCGCGACAAGAUUUUCUGGAAUCCUCCUUGGUUUCAUGAUGGCAGUUCGCCUCCAAUCGAGGAAGGAGACUCACUUGACCGAGAAGAAAAUGAGGAGAAAGAUGACGAAGACGAUUACACUGGCCUCCUUAAAAUCUCGCUCGAGGAAGCCACGAGCCUGCAUGAUUUAUUAUCCAGAAUACUUGUUUACGAUCCGAUGCAACGUCCAUCGGCGGAAGAGAUACUUCAACAUCCACGGUUUACGACUGCUUUUUACAGUAGAAGGAUUGACGGGAGUCAUUUGGACCGAGAUUAA